GUCAAAGUCCAACAACCUACAAGACCUCUGGCGGGCAACGAGAAAUCGCACAUUUCUCGGCAUUUUAAACAUUUAUUUGUUUUUGUUUUAACCUAUUAUAUAAUGCAAUAUUUUCCGCGGUGUGUUUGUUUUUGAGAAGGAGGCGUUGUUUGGCGUAAAGACACACAAAAUGCCGAUGAAACUCGGGUCGAAAUGUACCGAGCACAUUCAGUCCCAAGCGAAGAAGUGUUUGGGAGAAACUACAAAAUUUGACCAAGUUAUCGGCGGUGUGAAGCGAUGUGCUUGUCUCCAAGAACACAAGUGUAUGCACGUCUCGGGAUCAGUACUGCUUCUUUUGGUUUUGACAGCAGUUCUAGUUAUAUUUUUCCGAGAUCAUUUAAAAGACAUCAUUGAAUGGGUGCAGAACUUACAGGAGUGGCAAGGCGCUCUGCUAUUUAUUGUUAUGUUCACUUUAGUAUCAUUCCCAAUGGCCUGGGGUUAUAUAAUUCUCAAUGUUGCUGCUGGUUACCUUUAUGGCUUCUGCAUUGGCCUACUUGUCGUCGUUAUUUCAGUGUUUAUAGGGAUUUUUGUGUCGUUUGAAAUAUGUCGUCUUUGUUUGAGAGACUUUGUACAGAAAAGAUUAGAGUCUGAAAAUUUGUUAGCUGUAGUACGAGUUGUGGAGGGAAGAAAAGGAUUCCGAGUGAUCGCUUUGUCAAGACUAACUCCUUUACCUUUUGGCUUGCAAAAUGGACUUUUUGCAAUAACAAACAUAAGUGUCACAAAGUGUUUAGCAGCAUCUGUAAUAGGCCUGCUUCCAACACAGGCAAUGAACACUUACAUGGGAACAACAUUGCGGUCGGUUGAAGAUGUGAUAAGUGAACACUCUGGAAACUACGUCAUACUGGUGAUACAAGUAGUGAUAACCAUAGGAUUAUCUGUUUACGUGAUUAGAAAGGCUAGGAAAGAACUGAACAAAGCUGUCCGGGAAAGCGAAGUGGAAAUGAUGUUGGAUCGACGGGAAAUUGUUACGAGUAUUCCAAAGUACUUAGACUUGCCUUUACAGACAGAUUUUAAAGCAAACGGCAUUGCAAAUGGACAUGUGGCAAAGCCUGGCCACAGACGUGCGCAGUCUGCAUCUGCUAUCAUAGCAAUCAGGGAACUUAAAGAAAGCGAGGAAAUAGAUAUAGCUUGAAAAAAUCAGCAUUGGUAAAAAAAAAAUAUGCCACAUUCACUGAAAGCAACUUUGGAACUUUUGAAGAAAUGGUAUGUGAAGGCAGCACCUGUGAUGUUUUUUACAGUGGGCAAAACACCAGCCUACUAGUCCACACUUACUACCAGCUCUUGGCCACUAAACUCUGACCUAAGAACAACUCAUUCACAAUCAACCAUUAAUCCAACCACACACAAUCCACAACGGGAACAAAUUGAUUAGGGUCUCUAUAAAUAUUCUAAGGGAUAACAUACAUAUUUAUGAAACUGAUCUAAAAGAAAAUAUCAUUUCUAAGAAAAAAUUAUAUUACACAAUACACAUUAU